GCUCACAAUGAUUUGUUGAUCGGCUUUUGGGCUGUAGGCCGAAUUAACAAAACCAACAGAAAACAUAGCCACAAGCCACAUCAUAUGUGAUAAUAUGUGAUAGGCUAUCAUAUUAGCAUAUUAAUCGAAUGGUAUGAAGUUCAUACCUUUUAAACUCAUCCAUAAGCCCAAUAUUGAAGUUACCUUAUAAUAAAAUGCGGCAGUCUUAUGAUAAUCAGUCCCCAGUAGUUUGUAAAAGUGACUAUCAGACAUCGUUGCCGUUUAACAGUCGCGUUUUGUGUUGUAAUGUGUCUUACAUAUAUAAUGCCUCUCAAAUGUCAGAGAGAGAGAACUCUGUUUUAUUGUACAUCCCACAAUGCGUUGCGGUGUGCCUUUUGUGAGCAUAGAGAUCAGCUGAGCCCGCGCAUCGCUGCAGUGCAUUGGCAAAGCGACAGCAACGCAGGAUCGGGGCUGCUCGGCGUAUAACAUCUCAGCCCGGGAUUGAUAGUAGCUUAACGUUGUCUCUUACAAUUGCAUUUAUUUAAUAAUUAACUGGAGAAUGUUACUGCUACAAUGCGGAGAAAAAUGUGAUCACUUUUUUUAGCCAUUUGGCAUGGACUUUGUUUUUUUUUUCUUUCAAUGCAUGCCUUAAUUUCUUGUCCCCGACACUCAACGUUUUUUUAUGUCUGCAUUAGGUAGAUCGUUUUGAUUACUGCAGUUGUUGUUUUUUUGAUCAUCUAUUUUAGCAAUACAAUUCUUUUGGGGUGAGAGUGAAUUUAUGCAAGACGUCUGGAUUGGUCAGGGAAAGCUUUACAUUUGUCGGGGAUAGGAGGAGAUUCGAGUUUUUUCCAACCGGGAGUGGGGAAUAAUAUGUCCAGGCGAAAACAGACCAACCCCUUCAAAGUUAAUUGGCCGUUCCAUACAGCAGGCAUCACAGGCCCUCUGCACACGAUUAACAUGGAGGGCAGGGAUGACUUCACCGAGGACAGCGAAUGCCACAGCACCAACUCCCAAGAGCAGGACAGCAUAUCAGAAGACAGCGACAGUGACCUUGACAACCCCGGCGACGACUCUUCCUCCAACACCUCGGCCGACGACCACAUGACCUCCAAGAGAGCACAGUGCCGCCUACAGGGCGGCGGGGUCAAAGAGGAGAACGAGGAAGGGGCCGACCUGGGCAGCAACUUUGUGUGUCCUCUUUGCACCCUGGACUUCAGCUGCCCAGAGCAGCUUAUCGCACACGUCUACCAGCACACCUCCAUGCUGGGUGGCAGUAAGAGCUAUGUGUGCCCGGUGUGUGGGCGUGCUCUGAGCUCCCCUGGCUCCCUGGGGCGCCACCUCCUCAUCCACUCUGAGGACCGCCACUCCAACUGUGCCGUCUGUGGAACCCGCUUCACCGACACCAACAACUUCAACAGUGGGAAGCUGAGAGAGAUCCUCAACACAGGCAGCAUGGAGUGCAGCAGUGGAGACGAGACCUGCUCCAUGUCCCAGUCCCUCUCCAGCAGCCCCAUGGGAAACCCUGGACAUUCUGGCCACCCAGGACCAGGUCACCCGGGUCAUGCUGGCCCGGGCCACCCCAGCCACCCAGGCCACCACAACAACCCCGGCCUGGGCCACCAGAGUCACCCCGGCCAUCAUGGAGCUGGCCAUCCCAGCCACCCAGGCUCAGCCCACCCUUGCCCAGGACCAGGCCCAGGCCAAGGCCCGGGACACACCCUCCCCUCGCUGCCAGACAGCCUCCUCCCCUCGCUGCCUCCCCUCCCCGACGCCCUCUGCCCGUCGGCCGCGGGGCUGCCUCCCCUCUCAGACAUCCUGAACCCCAUGCCCGUGUACCCGGCGGGGGUACUGCUGGUGUGUAACAGCUGCGUGGCCUACCAGCAGCUGGUGGAGGCCCAGUCGCCCUCCAUGAGGAAGUGGGCGAUGCGCAGGAAGAACGAGCCCGUGGAGGCGCGCAUGCAGCGGCUGGAGCGCGAGCGCACGGCCAAGAAGACCAAGCGGGCGUGCGAGUCGGCCGAGGAGCGCGAGGUCCGGAGGCUGCGCGACCGCGAGGCCAAGAGGAUGCAGAGGCUGCAGGAGACGGAGGAGCAGAGGGCUCGGAGGCUGCAGAGGGACAGGGAGGCCAUGAGGCAGAAGAGGGCCAACGAGACGCCGGAGAAGAGGCAGGCCAGGCUGAUCCGCGAGAGGGAGGCCAAGAGGCUCAAACGGCGGCUGGAGAAGAUCGACCCGUCUCUGAGGACGCAGAUAGAGCACGACCCCACCGCCAUGGCUGCUCUGACUGCAGACAUGAGCCUCUUUCAGUUCCCCUGCCCCAUGCCCGUGCCCUCACUGGACAACGGCCUGUUCAUGAAGAUGCCCUAACAGGGUCUGGCCACCAGGGGGUGAUACUCUACUGGAACUCUUACAUGAGAACUUUUCCAUUCUGCCUUCGGGUGGGUUGCCAUGGUCACAGAGCGAACCAUUCCUUGCUGGUUUACCUUCCAGCCUCUUUUGUCGAUUAACUUGAUAACUCUUUGGUCAACCGCUACAAAAACACAAUUAAUUUAUUACAGAGGACGUUAAGAACUAGCCUGGCUCCGCCCUCCUACAUACUUCCAGUUAAUUUUCAUUUUCCUUCAGUAAGUCAGUCUGGGUUUGCGGUAUAUUCGCCGGUUUUCUCCGGCCAAUUUUUACCUGUCCAAUCAGCGAACAGAGGGAGUGGCUGAGAACGAUGACGUUGUCCUAGUUUGAGUUGUAGUUCAGUAAUGGUGGCGGAUAAAGAUGCGAGCGAAGCCAUUCUGUCCGUUUGUGGCAACGCUGACGAAUAUCCAGAAGUUAAAGCCGGAGCAAGAACAAUCUUUGCUGAGUUUUGUUGGUGGUCAUGAUGUUGUGGCCCUCCUCCCCACGGGGUUUGGAAAAAGUUUGAUAUUCCAGCUUGCUUCGUUAGUGGUGAAGGAGUUGGCUAAGGCGAACGUUAGCGAUUGGUUAUGGCAGAUCCAGAGUGGCUCUGGGCAGAGUACCCGCCUUCAAGGAAGUUAACUUCUGUCAAUGGGCAGUGCCCAGACUCUCUGUGCAAAUGAAAUGUACGAGAGUCUGGUAGGACCAGGCUAGUUAAGAACAGGGUAGGGAAUGUUUCGUAUAGUACUGUUCAAUAUAAAGCAUGUUGUAAAGAGAUUUAUGUGUUCUUUUCUGAGGGGGGCUUGCAGACCAUAACACAGCCCAUUCUGAUAGGAGCAGCCACUUCCAUCGAGGAAGACACCUUUUGCACAUGGACUGUCAGUGAAAGGAGUGAGGGCCACGUAGCUGCAGCCCCCUCCCUCUCCUCUGGUCCUCUCUGCCAGCCCAGUGGCUGGGGUUUACCGGUAGCUACAGCUCCCCCCCCCCCCCCUCGCGCUGCCAAUGUUGGUCCCUGGCCAGCUAGCUCAUAUCCACCCAACCAACUACCUCAUUCAGGGCUGUGGCCGAGCCCUCUCUGUCCUGUGGCCUAUGUUCUGACUACAAGCUUCCAAAGCUCCUCACGGACUGUUCCGGACUCUACAGAGGAUGUGGGUUCAUUCCCCUGGUUUGUGUGUGUGUGUGUGUGCACGCCAGGAGCAUUCACAACUCAAGGAAAUCGUGGAAUAUUCGAUAGGAUGCAACAUUCAUAAAGAACUGCAUGGUGACCCAGGGAGAAAUUGUAUCCUCUUUGAUUGAUCAUGUUUUUCUGUGUGUUACAAGUAGGGGUGUAACAAUAUAUCAUGGUACGAUACAUUGCGGUGCAAAAAUGUAACAAUAUGUAUCGUAGAGUCAUGGCGAUAUCAUUAUGGAUGCUGUAUCCUAUUGAAUAAGCCCUAUGUUGAGCAAUGCUCUUUUUCCAUUCCAUAACACCCUGUUGAACUCAAUGUACACUGCCUUUCACUUAAGGUCUCUUUGCCAAUAUGUAAUUAUUAUUCUAUUUCUUUCUCUCAAACCUCAACAUUCUGUAAGCUUUGCCAAGUUGGUAACAAUGUCCUACAUUUUACCCAACAACUUCUGUUGCGUUUGGCUGAUGCAAUCCCAAUCUCUGCUGCUGUUACUGUACUGUAUGUUACGUUAGUUACCUCUCUAAGACGUUUUGUGGAUGUGAGAAUGCUUACUAAACUUUAAACUGAUCAGUUGAGAGAACCUCAUUAAACCGUUAAGUGAGUAGCUGUUAAACUCAGUUGAAUAAUAAUAAUACAUAUUAUAAUAAGUGUAUAAUCAAUUUGCGCCCAUACUCUGGAAUUCUGUGAGUAUAUUAGCAAAUAGUUUCCAGUUUUUCCUUAUUGCAGAGUGCUUUAGCUGACUAUGGGGAAGCAUGCAUGGCAACAACCCUGAUGACUCUGCAAGCAGAGGGAUAUUCUGUCUUCAUAACCUCAUUCCAACAUAUUUAUGCAACGUGAAUAUAGUUUAUUGUGAAACCUAAUUUUGGUUAAUAUUUCGUUCAAUGGUAUAAAUUAGAUAAUGAUACAUUUUGCCAUGUCCGUACUGUAAUUGAUUCUGUGUAUUUAUGUUUUUUUUCUUUAGAUAACUUUUUUUUUUUUCCUCUAUCGUUACCUCCUAUUUGUAAAUGUUUCACAUCUGAGCUCUGCACACAAAUAUAAACUGGCCCAGUUUUGUUCUGGAAUAUUCCUCAAGAUAGGAACCAAGACUGGUUCUCUGUUUGAGCCACUCCUUGACCAGUUCUUAUGGAGCAGGGUAACUACCACUACUAGAACUGGAUACUUCAGUUGUCCUGAAUCACUAGUCUAGGAGUGUCUCAAACCUCUAUGCAACAGGGGUAUAUAUUUAUUCAUAAGGGAAAUUUGACACUUUCUUUUGAAACUAUGCAGUGUGUUAGAAAAAAAAAAAAAAAAAAAAAAUGGACUCAAAUGUAUAGAACUGUGCAACUCAGGCAAUGCAACUCAGUGAAAGCCUCUAGCCCUAGAUUCAGCACCCUGGUCCAUUUCUCAGACCCUAGCCAUGAUGAGAUGGUUUGGUAGUCGCGUAAAGCCAGAUAUGCAGGUGUUUGUUCCACAGCCACGAUCAACAUGUCGACUUUGGAAGGCGUGUUGAGUUCUGAGAUAUGGACAGUUUGAGUCUGAAUCUAGUUCACAAGCUGAUGGCAACAGGGUCAUAUCAUCUACAUGACCAUGCUCAUGACGAAUUUGUCAUGCACCAGGUCACCAUAACUGCUUUUGAUACAGGAUUGAUCAACUUCUCAAUUAUGUAGACUACUCGGUGUAUGGACAUCUUACCAUAAUGAAUACUAGGUAUUCUCAGACAUUGAUGUGUCGGCAUUUUCAUACAGAAAAAAAAGGUGUGUAAGAAGCUAUUUUGACAUUAAAAUGAAAACAAUCUUCAAUUCCAUGGUUACGUUUGUGCUUUUGACCAGCAGACUUGCAGUGUGUCUAAUUAGAUUUAUGCAUGACUUAAAACUGCAUUUCUCCUAGAAUGGUUCAAUAUGAGCUUGUGUUCUAUUAUUUUAUGCCUGCCUGUUUCUGUCCAGUUUCAUUGAAAGAUGAGAAUCUUAAUAUGUUGUAUGAACUUUGGCCCAUUUACUAGUAUAAGGAUAUUUUUUAUUAAUGUCCAUGUUUACAAAAUGAAUCAUUUAUUUAAAAAAAGGCCAAAAUGAAUGAGGGUAACCAGAAGUGAGAACACUGUUGUGUAAUGCUAGUUCUGUUGUCACAUGCACACUGAAUGGCCUCUUUCGGGAAGCCCACCCAUGUUACCGCAUUAACAGGUGUACAGGUCAUGAAACCGGGAAUAGAAUGUGGAAAUAAACAUUGACUUUAUCACAUUG